UCCUGGGAAAGAGAAGCCACCGCUGCGGGUGGGUAGAGAAGCACUGGGCACCUCCGGGAGGGGACCACACCCGCGCCAUCUGAGUGCCGGAGCAGAGCCAGACCAGGUUACACAGUAUCUUUCUAUGCAUGGGACCUACAGACUACAUGUUUUACAAGAACUAAUGAGUGGUUUUCCAUUCCUUGGAGCUACAUUAGAAACAUAAAUAUGGUGCCAAAAGAACUCCUUGCCUUGCUCUAACUACAGUCAAUUUGAACAUAAUAUAUAUUGAAGAGAAGUGUGUACUGAGGCUACUCAUUGUACAGAAACUCUGCGUGUAAGAUCAUGGACCAUACUAGUAGGGAAAAGGAUGAAAGACAACGGACAGCUAAACCCAUGGCUCAACGGGGUACACACACUUCCCGACCAUCUGGCUCUUCAGCAUCAUCUGGGGUUCUUAUGGUGGGACCCAACUUCAGGGUUGGCAAGAAGAUAGGAUGUGGGAACUUCGGAGAACUCAGAUUAGGUAAAAAUCUCUACACCAAUGAAUAUGUAGCUAUCAAACUGGAACCAAUAAAAUCACGUGCGCCACAGCUUCAUUUAGAGUACAGGUUUUAUAAACAGCUCGGCAGUGCAGGUGAAGGUCUCCCACAGGUAUAUUACUUUGGACCAUGUGGGAAAUACAAUGCCAUGGUGCUGGAACUCCUAGGUCCUAGCUUGGAGGACUUGUUUGACCUUUGUGACCGAACUUUUACUUUGAAGACUGUGUUAAUGAUAGCCAUCCAGUUGCUUUCUCGAAUGGAGUAUGUGCACUCAAAGAAUCUUAUCUACCGAGAUGUCAAGCCAGAGAACUUCCUGAUUGGCAGACAAGGCAAUAAGAAAGAACAUGUGAUACACAUUAUAGACUUUGGACUGGCCAAGGAAUAUAUUGACCCUGAAACCAAAAAACACAUACCAUAUAGGGAGCAUAAAAGUUUAACUGGAACUGCAAGAUAUAUGUCUAUCAACACUCAUCUUGGCAAAGAGCAAAGCCGGAGGGAUGAUUUGGAAGCCCUAGGCCAUAUGUUCAUGUAUUUUCUUCGAGGCAGUCUACCCUGGCAAGGACUCAAGGCUGAUACAUUGAAAGAGAGAUAUCAGAAGAUCGGUGACACCAAAAGGAAUACUCCCAUUGAAGCUCUCUGUGAAAACUUUCCAGAGGAGAUGGCAACCUACCUGCGAUAUGUCAGGCGAUUAGACUUCUUUGAAAAGCCUGAUUAUGAGUAUUUACGGACUCUUUUCACAGACCUCUUUGAAAGGAAAGGCUAUACUUUUGACUACGCCUAUGAUUGGGUCGGGAGGCCUAUUCCUACUCCAGUAGGGUCAGUUCAUGUAGAUUCUGGUGCAUCUGCAAUAACUCGAGAAAGCCACACACACAGGGAUCGGCCAUCACAACAGCAGCCUCUAAGAAAUCAGACUGCAUCAUCAGAGCGCCGAGGAGAGUGGGAAAUCCAGCCCAGCCGGCAGACCAAUACCUCAUACCUGACGUCUCACUUGGCUGCAGACCGCCAUGGGGGAUCAGUGCAGGUGGUUAGCUCUACCAAUGGAGAGCUGAAUGUUGAUGACCCCACGGGAGCCCACUCCAAUGCACCAAUCACAGCUCACGCCGAGGUGGAGGUAGUGGAGGAAGCUAACUGCCUGAAAAUGCUCAACCUGUGGUGCUGCUGUUUCUUCAAGAGGAAAAGGAAGAAGACUGUUCAGCGCCACAAGUGACCAGUGCCUCCCAGGAGUCCUCAGGACCUGGGGACUCUGACUCAAUUGCACCCGCAGCUCCUGCCAUUUUUCAUUGGAAGGGACUCCUCUGUGGGGGAGGGUGGAGAUCCAAACCAAAAAGAAGAAAACAGAUGCCCCCAGAAGGAGCCAGUGUGGGCAAUCCAGGCCCAGUGGGUCAGAGGUUGUCCCCACCUGCCUGAGGCUCUGAGCAGGUCCCAGAGCUGCUGCUCCUAGCUUGCCCUCUGGGCUGCCUGGUUGACUCUCCUUCCUAUUGUUUACAGUGAAGGUGUCAUUCACAAAAACUCAAGGACGACUACUCUUCUCUUCCCUCCCUCAGUUUACUACUAGUUCUUGCCCUCAAGUCCCUCCAGCAUUAAAGCUUGUGAGUUCAAUCAAGGCUUUGCCUGCUGAAGGAGCUCUAGAGGCUGGGGCUAUGGCCAAGAAGGUAGGAGGAAGAUGGCAGAAUGGGGCUGGAGAAGGGUUUUCUCCACCUACCAGUUGUUUCUGACAGUGUGGCUCCCUCUUCCUCUGUGCCUGUGCAGCCUCCAUCCCCAGCUGGCCGAGGGGUGCAGGUUACCCUUCUUCCCUCCCCAUCUUGUGAAGUUACACUGUAGGACACAAGCUGUGAGAAAUCUGCAGUCUACUGUCCCUAUGUGUUGGCAUUCUUAGCUUUCUUGACAAGUGAACUCUGUUCUCCAAUGGUAGUAGGACAAUGCAAAUUGUUCUGAGCAAAGGAAAAAAACUGACUUUAUUGCACUUUUAGUUUGUUUUUGUUUUUGUUUUUGUUUUUAACAAAAACAUGGCAGAUGCAUAUUGUGUCUGGUUAUAUUGGGAGUUUUACUUUUUUUCUGUUUUGAGUGGGAUGGGGCCAGCCAAGCCAUUCAGAGAGAACAUGGGUCCAGAGGACAUUCUCAAUGGAAAGAGUUGGGUCUGCAGCACCCAGAAGAGAAGAAGCCAAACUCUCUGUCAUUCUGAGUAGAACACUCAGGUUGGCAAGGAAACAUACUUGAAUUUUUAUUCAUCUUCUCAGCUGCUGAAGAAUGUCCCUACUGGAACCUCUUGACCUCAUCAGCCUGCUGUUUGGACAACUUGGCUCUCCAGCACACAGGAUGAGCCUGCCAAGCCAGACUGUGAUCAGGAUGCAGCUUAUCCCAGAGGAGAUGCUUAACAGAAAAUCCAAUCUGUUUCCUCCACUGCCAGGGACUUCCAGCUAGAUUGCCACCUGACUUCUUAGUGACUUGGGGAACAAAAUUGGUGAUGAAACAGCCCUAACAUGUUGCCACUAGUGGACAGAGAAUGGAGGAAAAUGAACCUACCUUCCAACUGCCAGAGGAACCUCAGGAUUUGGCAUCAGAGGGCCAGGAAAAGAAAAUCGCUGUGUACUGUCUGCCCCAAUAGCUAAGUUACAGCAUUUGGGCUGGCCUGCCUUAUCACAAACUGAGCCCUUGCAAAUACGCUCCCAGUAGGUCAGUAGCAGUAGACUUAGGACUCAUUACAUAGGACUGCAGUGGGCAAGAGGGUAAGGUUUGUUAGUGCUGGGAAAUUGCAGGGAAAAGGAAACUGAACUGAAAGCUCUGCAUUACCUUCCUGUAAGCUGGCCCUGUGUCUAGAGCAUGUUCUCCCCACUGUAGUCUCCUCCCAUGGUAUCUCUCCUGACCUACUGCCAUAGAGCAUCUUGGUUCCUUCUUCUCGGCCUGAAAACUCACAUGUAGACAGCUAAUCUUCUUAUGUGCAGUUUUCAUUUGAGUCCAGGCUUGUCUAAACAGUGACCUGUUAUUCCAGAUGUGACAGAGGAGAGAGGAUUGUUUACAUCAGGGGAAAAGAUCUUGUAUCUUGGAGUAGAAAGAGCUAACUGACCAACAAAGAUAAUGGUGGUGACUUUGUCUGGUGGGUUUUGCAGCACAGAAAGCAUUGUGCUGACUCAGGUUUAGGGCUGUCACUUAGACUGGAGGCUAUGUUGGGGUACUUUGUGGUGGUGGUUCCUGACAAGUCCCUGGUGUACCUGAGAUGGAACAGAAGUAGCAUUAGCAUGAAUGACUUACUGGGGUUCACCUGUUCCCAUUGGACUUUCGCGAGAAAAUGUCAUUUUACUGGCUUCAAACCUGCUUAGCUUAUGGAAAGAUUGUAAUUUUUCGUUUCAAGAAAUUUUCUGCAUACAAAUCAGUGUGACUGGGAGACUCAGUGUCACACCCAUUCCCCAUAAGGUUUUUGGAUAUUGGGGUUUGCUUCCUUGACAUUACCUAGUAGUUAAGGCACCAUUACCAAAACUUGGAUAGUUUCUCAGUUGGCAUUUGGGCAGCUCUAAUUUCCCAUAUGAAAACUUUAAUUUCCUCAUCCCUGUAUAACAAAAGCCUUGCCUCUCAAGGGAGGGCAAGGGGAAAUGGUGGCAAAGUCUGGAGCCUCCUGAAACUCCAUAUGCCACUAAGUGCCUCCCUCCCCUCCUCCUUGUGCUUCCACAAAAAGCAAAGGCAGUGGCCAGCUUGGCUGCAAGGACCCCCCCCUUGCAACAAGGCUUGUAACUUUUUUUGGUCUUAAAUAUUUUUAAAGGCUAGCUCUUGAGGGAUCGAACCUGAGCAUUUGAGGAGGUUCUUCCUAAUGCACUGUUAUCACACACUGACCCCCCCCCCAAAUCUUUUACUAAAUAUUGAUUUUCAUAACAAAGGUGAAGAGCUCCAGGGCCUUCUGACUUGGAGGGUAGUGGUGGUCUUCCCAGGACCUUUGGCAUGACAAGGUGGACCCCAGCUCCUGAGAAAUUAUGUUGUGACUUUCUUUAAAAUUAGUAAUACAUAAACACACACCUAAGAAGGAAUUUGACCAUCAGUUUUAUCCCUACCAGCACAUCAGCCCCCUCCUACCCCCCCCCCCAACCGCAGCCCCAUGGCUAUAGUUGCUUAACUAGCCUCAGCCAACUUUUUGGUUGGGCACUUCACCCACACACCCAGACCCACUAGCUCUGUAGUUUUGAACUUACCCAUUUCAAAGCUUGAUUCCUAGGGAUCUUUUUAGGGGCGUGGAGGGGGCUGGUUGAUAUCAUUGUUUCUGAAUUAGCAUUAAGCACUAAUUCAGCAUUCAUUCAUUAAAAAAAUAAAAGUACCUUCAUGUUUAUACCGUUAUUGCGAAUUCUUCUAAGCCCUGUAGUCCCUCAGGUAUUAUAUCCUAAGCAGAUUGAGACAGACAGUACAGAAAUCCACCAAGGUAUAAAGGGUUCUUUUCCUUGUCACCAAAAAGCACGUAAGGGUUGAUGGCCGCCAGGCGUACUCUUUCCGGGUCAUCUUACUCCAGAUGGCUCUGUAAGGGUGGGCAGAGCAUGCCAGCAGCCGGUGUACUUUCUUGGCUACAUGAAUUAACAUUCUCCUGCCACUUGGGAUCGACCUAGGCAUAAGUAAGGUUUAGGCAGGUACAGCCAAAGGAAUUGUCUGUCUCAGUAACUUCCAACAUAGUUCAGUGGAAACAUACACUGGUAGUGCAUAUUCGGUGUUGAUUCUCAGUUAGUAACCACUUUUAGUGUCAGAAUUCUCAGUGAUGGUAAUGUUCUACCAGUGGUUACUAAAGAUCAUAGCCUUAACUUUUUUAUAUGCAAAAGAUAUAAUCUAUUUCCCCUCCCAGUGAGCAAGCAUGACCCGUAUUUUUCAAAAGUUCUUCCAUGGCAGCCCAGAAAGCUUCUCUUCAAAGGAACUUGAUCUUCUGAUGCUCUCUCCCAAGCCAACAGGUCUCUUGUGUCCUAUUCAUCUCUUCCAUUUUCGUUCCAGUUUUCAUUCCUAAUAAUUUGCCCUGACAGUGUCCUUUCUAGCAUCGGAGCCAUGUUUGGGCUGUAGUUUUCAGACUGGAAGCUUGUAGCACCAUCCCCAUCAUUGCCACAAGUUGGGCAGAUGAAUUCCAAAAACCCUUCAGGAGCCAGGACUAGACUCCCCCACCUGAAUUGGUCUUGUGAAAACAGGUUCUUGUCUCUGGGGUUCUUGAUUUUGCUAACUCUAGGACUACAAGAAAGUCCCAUCUAGAGGUUGAUGUCAGUGCCUCAUGUCUUUCCUUUGAUGGGUUGGUGGGAAUCAAAAUGGGAUAUGUUGUGUGUGUGUGUGUGUGUGUGUGUGUGUGUGUGUGUGUGUGUGUGUGUUUGGGGAGGGGAUAAUUUUGUUUCUGAAUGAAAAAAAUAAGGCAGAAUGCCUGGCCCUCCUGAGGGUUUGCAGUUAUAAGCAGUGUUUUAGCCACCAAUAAUAGAUUGUGGAAGUCUUUGAUUAAGCGGUCUUAAAAACAUGUUUCCUAACUCCUUUUACAAGUGACUUUUGAAAGCAAAAGAAUAGUUUUCUCCAUUGUAUUCAAAAUAGUAAGUAGAUUGCCAUGAAUAUAGACAGUAGUUGACAUAUUUCCUAAAAAGCAACGAGGAAAUCCACUCCAGUAUUUGCAGAUUAGCUUACAAAGGAAAAAGUGAACACAUGCUCCAUUUAUUUCUAGCUUGAUGAUCAAACUUGGUAUUAUAAAGAAACAGUCAGUUCAGACAAAAUUUUUCAUUUUCCUUUUUAUUUUACUCCUCACAAUCAUCCUUCUGGUGCCAUUUCCACUUUCAAAGUCUCAAGAGCAGAGGGUUAUUUAUGGUAAUCAGUGGAGGUGCAGUGCAGCCAUCCCAGUGAUACAGAGGACAGCUGUCCUGACUGCCUCUCCCCCUCUCCCCUUUUUUCAGAGCAGGUGAGACAUUUUCAGUGUUCCUCUUUAUGAGCUCAGACCAAAUCCCAGGCCAGCCCUUGCAUGGAAAUAUUUUUUAAGAAGCUUAUCAGUUUGUUAGGAAUGUCUCAGGAAAGAUGAGCCAUUUCUUUGGAGGGAAAUACAUGUACAGAUGGGGUGUGUGUGGUGGUAUUAGGAUGCCUGUGUGUGUUUGUGUGCUCAUCUGUGCACAUUUCACUCCCAUAAAGACUCAGCCCAGGCUGCUGGGACCAGGUGUUCCUGAAUAUUCUAGUAACAAAUGAGCUUCUCAAAUUAGUGUCACAUCAAGUUGGCUUUGGGUAUGAGCCCCAUUAUCAAGCAGAAGAGUAAACAGAAAAGACAAGAGAUUAAACCAAAAAUAUAAACCUCCCCCAAUGGAAAAUAAUGUUGACUUAAAAAUUCCCAUUGGAAAUAUUACAAUGCUCUAAUUUAUUAUAUUAUUAUUUUGUCUUUCUUUAAUCUUUUCCAUUGUACUUUUAAAAAGAUGUUGGGAUGUUGAUUGCAGUUUUUUUGAAACUAGAUAAUGUAUAAAUCAGCUGUGGAAAUCAAUUUUAAUUGAUGUGUGGAUGUGUCUGAUUAUUGUUAAAUGCAUUUUUCCCCCUUUGUUUUAGAUGUGUAAUGUUUCAUAAACCCUGGCACUGGUGGAAAAGCUCAGCUGUGAAAAUAAAACUUGUAGUAUUUUUUAACAUGUCAAUUUCAAGUGUAUUUGAAAUGGUUCCUUCAGGAGAGAGAUUUGUAUACCAUUAGGAAAAACUCCUCUGCAGAGGAAGUAGCCUUUUUUGGAGAAAAUGGAAAAUGGGUCUUGAUAUGUAAUCUCAGAGUCGCCCAUUUCCUAGGGCACCAUGGAAAACACAAAUGUGAUCUUUAAGUAUACUUCUUCCCCAAUUUGGGGGAGGAAAGGAUUCAGUUUGCACCCUUUUUGUAUGUAAAAUAAAAUGUCUUACCUUU